UGACUACGCCCCUUACGUGGGGACGCUCAGUGGGCCUCAGGAGGUGCGGUGAUCCCUGCCUCACAGAAGGAAGUAGGUCCGUUGUGUGAGGAAGCUGCUAUGGUGUGGCGUUCCUCGGCAGAGCCGAGGCGGUGGCGGCCAUGAAGGCGGGUGCUACCUCUAUGUGGGCUUCAUGCUGUGGGCUGCUGAACGAAGUCAUGGGAACUGGAGCUGUCAGGGGCCAGCAGGCAGGAUUUGCAGGAGGCACUGGCCCAUUCAGAUUUACACCAAGCUCUGACUUCUCUACCUACCCAUCAGCAGCUACUGAAGGGCCCAACAUAGUUUGCAAAGCCUGUGGGCUUUCAUUUUCAGUCUUUAGAAAGAAGCAUGUAUGCUGUGACUGUAAGAAGGAUUUUUGCUCCGUUUGUUCAGUUUUACAAGAAAAUCUUCGUAGAUGUUCUACUUGUCAUUUACUACAAGAGACAGCCUUCCAGCGCCCACAGUUGAUGCGACUAAAAGUGAAGGAUCUACGGCAAUAUCUCCUCCUUAGAAACAUACCAACUGAUACUUGUCGUGAGAAGGAAGACUUAGUAGAUCUAGUACUGUGCCAUCAUGGACUAGGCUCGGAGGAUGACCUGGACUCAAGUAGCCUGAAUUCCUCACGGUCCCAAACUUCUAGUUUUUUUACACAGUCUUUUUUUUCAAACUAUUCAGCUCCCUCUGCUACUGUGUCUUCCUUCCAGGGAGAGCUCAUGGAUAGAGAUGGGACCUUCAGAUCAGGAAUGUUGGCACAGGUACAAAGUGAAAUAGCUUCAGCAAACACAGAAGAUGACGAUGAAGAUGAUGAAGAUGAUGAUGAAGAAGAAGAAAACUUGGAAGAUGAGAACCCUGGGCUCUCUAGGAAGAAAGUGCGAGCUUCGCUAUCUGACCUGUCAAGCCUUGAAGAAGUAGAAGGGAUGAGUGUGCGCCAGCUGAAGGAGAUUCUGGCUCGGAAUUUUGUCAACUAUUCUGGCUGUUGUGAAAAAUGGGAACUAGUAGAGAAAGUCAACCGGUUAUACAAAGAGAAUGAAGAAAACCAAAAAUUUUAUGGUGAGCGAAUGCAGCUGCAGGAUGAGGAAGAUGACAGCUUGUGCCGCAUUUGCAUGGAUGCCGUCAUUGACUGUGUCCUACUUGAGUGUGGACACAUGGUCACCUGCACCAAGUGUGGCAAGCGCAUGAGUGAGUGCCCCAUCUGCCGUCAGUAUGUGGUGCGAGCUGUGCAUGUUUUCAAGUCUUGAAAUUGAGGAUCCCCCAAAGGGACACUUGCCUGACUCGAGCCCAAGCAUUUCAGCGCACAAAAAGAAUAAAAUUAGAUUAAAAAGCUGCUGUAGUUUA